AUGGACGUGUGCUACCAGCCGGCCCCAGGAGCAAGGCUGGAGGCGGAGAGGAAAGAGGGGCGGCCGCCCCGCUGCUUGUGGUACCUGAACUCAGCCUGGGUGAAGAACACGUCGCUCUGGUCAGGCCAGGUCACGCUGCAGAGGGCACUCCUACCAGGGAGCGCUCCUCCGCCCAUGGCCUCCAGCCUCCUUACGGUGAAAUGCUCGUGUGCUUCAUGCAUGGACCUUGAAGUCCACGUUUCCAGCAGCAGCCACCCUUUUCUGCAGAGCUUUACUUACUCAGUGUGGUUUAUCCCUGCACAACAUCGGAUGCAAAGGUGUGAGUGGACCUUCCGCCUACAGCUUUUUGGGACACAAAAGGACUACCUUUUCCAGAAGAGCAUGUAUGCAGACAACGAUCAUGUAAGAAACGUCAAACGUCUUGCCCGUCGCUCAGCUUUACCCUUUGAUCCAGAGGAACGCACGAGGUUUGUGGCAAAAGUGAACUGUACCAGAAGUGCACUUCCACCAUCUCUUGUAAGAGUCAGAGUCGACAACUAUGCGGCGAAAACCAUAGAAGCACCAGUGUCUUGCCAGCAAACAAGCUGUUACAUACGCACCUUGCACAUUCGGAAACCUGCUAAUACCUCUGUCCUUCACCGCAAAAGGCAGACAUAUUUCACCCUCUCUGUCAGCUUGAUAGUAGAAUGCCCCUUCACUAUAUCUAUCAAGCCUUUAUGGCAGAUCUAUCCUGUUCCAGACAUGAGCACUGGUCCAGACUGGUCAAACCCAGUAGACACUACUAGGAUGCACGGCACAGACAUGGUAAUCUUAACUGUUCCCAGAUAUUCUUUAAAUUAUGGGUUGUAUCUGUUUCAUUUCACUGCUGAGGUAACCCUGAUUGAGACCAACACAGUCUUCUGGGGCACAGAUAGCGUUUAUGUUCGCAUUGAGGGAAGUGAUUUAGUGGCACAUAUUACAGGAGGCACGUACCGCAAAGUGGGUUUUUCUGCUAAUUGGACUCUUGAUGGCUCUGGGUCCUUUGAUCCUGAUUCACUGGAUAGACAAAAGGAAAUCACAUUUACUUGGUACUGCACUAAAGAGAUGUCAGACUAUAACAGCAUGAAAAUCAGCCUGGGAAACAAAUGCCAUCCAGCUCAGAGGGAUUUGAAAUGGAUAACACCCUCAGGUCCAGUUCAAACGGUGACAGCAGAAUCCCUCCCAGGAAACACUGAAUACCACUUUCGUCUAGAGGUUCGAAAGGGUGAGAGGUGGAAUUAUGCCGAUCAAACUGUAGCUGUGCAGCUCAGCUCUCCUCCUGAACUCCUUCUGAACGUGGCAUGCCUUGAAAACUGUGGUAGCACUUUAAUUCCAACAGAGAGAUUUAUCUUGUCUGGAAAAUGUGUAAACUGUAAAAGCAAUAACCACCCAGUCUACUACUGGUCCCUUUUUUCAGAAAACUCUACAGAAAUUAAUUUUGACUGGUCUUCCAAAACCUCAACAGGGAGAUGGGGGCCUUACCUGUCUAUACAUGCUCUGACUUUUACAAAGGCUGCGCAUCGAUCCUACAUACUUAUGUUAAAAGUAACUACCCGGGAUGGUAGGUCCUCACUCUACAGACAUGCGUUUAAGGUAAAUUCUCCUCCUACAUCUGGCAAGUGUACCAUCAACCCACGCCAGGGUAUGGCCUUUCAGACAAAAUUUAUUGUUCAAUGCCGUGGAUUUUAUGACAGCAAUCUACCUCUGACAUAUAAAGUGAUAGUGGCUUCUGAUAUACCCAAAACUACCAAAGUAACUUCUGUGGAGGAAAAUACAUUUGGCACAAUUCUGUACUUUGGUUAUAAGCCUGAAACUCCUCCAACUUUUCUCCCAGUUGGAGCGCCUUCUCGGAAGUACGUCUUGACACUUUAUGUUCAAGUCUGUGAUUCCCUUGGAGCGUUUACCCAAGUAAAUUUACACGUCCGCGUGCGGAACCCAGUUACCCGGCGACCACUGGCUGUUGUGUUUGAUGAACUGCUGGACUCAGUGAGAGGUUCAAGUUCACCGAUGACAUCUUAUCUCCAGAUUGGAGAUUAUUUUAGUGCGGGUUAUUUGGCUUAUCUGGCAGGCUCAGUCUUAAAAUAUAUUAAGGCCACACCAAAUCUCAAGCUCCCUAAGGCUCAGCUUCGGGAAAACCUGAUUAAAGCGUCCCUGAAUAUUUCAGUUGAGAACACAAUGGAAGUCAACCAAAUAGCUGCUUCUCUUUCUCAAGUCACAGAGGAAGCUGAUGAAGUGAACAUUAGAUCACAAAACCUGGUCAUUAGAAAACUGAUGGAAGUAACGGGAGUGCUGAAGAUACUGAGGAAUGAGAGCCAAUGGUCUGAGGAAUCAGAAAUUCAGACUAGUGGAAUACUAAGCUGCUUGUCCAACAUCCUGAGCGCUGCUCUUCUGCAUCGCAGCAAUGUCAACGUAAAUGGAAUUAAACAAGCGUUCUCCAUCAUGGAAAAUUUAACAGAGAUAGUUUUCCAGGGCAAAGUCCCUGGAGAAACAGACACUGUCAUGAAAACAAAACACUGGAAUAUCACUCUGAUGAAAGAUGAACACUGGAACAUUUCAGAUGCUUUCUCCACCAGAGGCACCUGCAAGAAUUGCUUUUAUCCAUCACUGAAAAAGGGAAAUUAUUCAGAAUUGGACCCUGAUGCAGUGAUUUCCACUGCUGUUUUUGAGUUUGAUGAGAACCCCUUCCCUUGGUUAGGUUACACAUCAGAAAUUGGAACAACGAUCUUGGGGUUCAAAAUGGCAGAGACCAAACCUAAUGGGGAUCUACUAGAGAUCAUGCCUGAAGGGGCAGAAAUUACUGUUGCUAGGAAAGAUAAGGCAUCUUCGGCCUUUCAGUUAGCAAUGGGACCUGACAAAACACAAGCUUACACAACUGGAGGAUUCAGUCUUGAAGUCAACAGAAAUACCAAGAGCAUAUACAUCCAGAUCCUGACCAAAUUAAAAGUCACUUUCAAGGUGCUAGUAUUUACAGGUGCCAACAUCACUGACGCUCAUCCCAUAGCUUCAUUUGCUGCUUUUCAUAACACGACAACAGUUGCAAUCAACGAGACAGCUAGCAAUGACUGUAAAAUUAAGGCUCCCUAUAUUAUCUGUCUCCCAGAGUCACUGCUGAAAGCCACAGCUGAAGGAAGCGGUACAGAAACUUAUAACAUCUCCAUUGUCUUGGUGGCACCCUAUUUCGUAAGAUAUCAAAACCUGAGACUGGUGAGAAUACACAUUUUUAGUGAUCAGUGUUUAUUUCUGGAUGGGAUUCAAAGCCUGUGGAGAGGAGACGCAUGCAGGCUGGGCUCCUUGACCGACUGGCAGAAGGUGCACUGUGUCUGCGAUACGCAGCUCAGCAACAAAAGUCCGUCGGACCAUAUUGCAUCAGGUGCAGUCUUGUUCAACAUCAGGUUCCUGGCAGCUCGAGUAUUAGUUACCCCCAACACAGUAGAUCUGGGACACGCCCUGAUAGCAAACAUACCUAAAAACCUAGUGACCCUCUUAACGGUGCUCUUUAUUUUUGUAAUCUACUUUCUUUUGUCCAUCUGUGCCAUAAGAAAAGACAUAGCUGAUAGCAACAGGAGAGACAAGAUUAUAUUUUUGUCAGACAACGACCCCUUUGAUAAAGUGAGCUAUUUGGUCACGUUAUACACGGGCAGUCGCUGGGGAGCUGGAACCACAGCGGAUGUUUUUCUUCAGCUGAUCGGCCAGAAUGGCACAAGUGAUGUCCAUUGUUUACAGCACCACUACUUCACCUCUUUCCAACAAGGAAGCUCUGAUUGCUUUCUGUUAACUACUAAGGAAGACUUGGGAAACAUUUUAUUCUUCAAGGUCUGGCACAAUAAUAAGGGCUCUUCUCCAAGCUGGUUCUUAAGCAGAGCCAAGGUUGAGAAUAUGCGCACCAGGAAGAGCUGGUUCUUUAUGUGCAGGAAAUGGCUUUCUCUUCACAAGGGUGAUCGCUUACUAGAAAGGACAUUUUCUGUCACAAACCCCAAGACACCUCUGCCCAGAACUGAAUGUUUCUUAAUUAGUCUUGGCAACAGCCUGACCCAGGACCAUCCAUGGCUCUCGAUUCUUGCUCACGUUCUCCGUAGCUCUUUCAGCAGGUUCCAAAGGUUGUCUUCAUGUUUAGCAAUAUUAUUAUUAAACUUGCUUACUAACAUCAUGUUCUUCAACGCUGACAAGAAUGAAGAAUCUCCCAUGCACUUGAGGUACCUGAGAUCAAUAACGAUAGGCAUCGAAUGUGUGUUGAUCAACACACCUGUGGAAAUCGUUAUUAAUGCCUUAUUUAAGUAUUACCAGAGGCAACCUCCUCCUCUUGCUACUAAAAGCGAGGGAGCUCCCCAAAACUGGAGCGACAGCACAGCUUCAGGAAGAGAUGCAAACGUAAUUGGAACAGAGGAGCAGACAAUAACUGUGAAUUCCCCUCCAACAGCUGAGGCCCGCCAGAAACAACCACUACCAAAUUCCAGUUUUAGUACCAAUUAUGCAGAAGAAGAGAGCAAUUUGCAGAAAGAAAGGGAACAACAAAGCAUUACCUCCAGGCCCUUCAGCAAGAGACCACGUGUAGCUUUUCGUCGGUGGUGCAUCUAUGUUGCAUGGACACUCGUUAUAGCUGUCACUGUGCUAUCAGCAUUUUUCAUUGUGUUAUAUGGUUUGUCUUACGGCUAUCAGACUUCAGUAGAGUGGCUUUUAGCAUCUAUAACCUCCUUUAUUGAGAAUGUGUUUUUCCUUUCAGUCCUAAAAAUCAUUUUUUUCUCAGCUAUACGUACAAUUCGUCCCAUAUCCUGUGAAAACCUCGAAUGGUUUACUUGGGGAGAGCAUUCUGAGAUUAAGUUGGCUAAAGGAAUGAUGAACGCUGAAGAGAUGAGAGAGAAGCACUUGAAACUUGCUAAAGUCAGAGGCACCAAGCAGUAUAAGCCUGUAGAAGCUGAUGAAAUAGCUCACAUGCUGAAAAUUGAAAAAAUUAAAGGCAAGGCACUUAUUUUCACAACAGAUUUCCUCAGUCACCUUGUCUUUUUAACGCUGCUGCUAAAAUUUGCCUAUUCCACUGACAUUGCCAACACUUUCCACUACAGCCGAUUCAUCCAUAACCAAUUCUCUCCACAGCUCUCCAGGAUAGAUAAGCUAGAACAAAUCUACGUGUGGGUGAGAGACUUGUUCUUGCCUGUGAUCCACAACGACAUUGAGCCAACCUUUCUUCCCGAGAGCCGUUCCAAAAUCAUCGGUUUGCCUAGGAUGAGGCAAGUGCGGGCUAAAGGUACUGAGAAAACAUGUUUCCAUCCUCACAGCUUUGUAAAUAACUCUGUGAUCAGUAAAAGCCACUGUCUCCACAAAUACGGCACUGACAUCCCAGAGAAAGCUGACUACACCGGCACUUGGACAAAGGUUGCCAACCAGUCUGUUUCUGAGCACGCGAGCAGUUACAGCGGGUUCGCUUACCAGCGAAACAGGACUCCGUGGAUGCAUUAUUCAUAUGGACAGUUGCACACAUACGGACCAGAAGGAUACACGUUUUACUUUUUCCCUGAAGAAGGAAGACCUAAUUCAACGACAAGGCUGGAUGCUCUACGACAGAGCAAGUGGCUUGAUGAAAAGACAUGGGCCGUGAUCAUUGAACUAACUACAUUUAACCCAGAUGCAGAUCUCUUUUGCACCAUCUCAGUCAUAUUUGAAAUGUCUCAUUUGGGGAUCAUAAAACCACGUUUGUCAGUACACUCUUUUGCACUCCCCAUCUUUCAUCUGCAAACUAAAACUCAAAUGUUUGUGUCUGUAACUGUUCUUGCUUUUCUGUUAAUUUACAUUGCACAUGAGCUUUGUAUCAUAGGCCAAGAAAAAAAAGUUUAUAUUAAAAGCAUUUCCAAUAUAGUCAGCUUUAGCUUAAAAUCAGCACUCCUCCCUUUUGUUUUUUUAAAGGCCAUAAAGUUUAAGGUGGGAGCAGAUAUAGUGAAGUUUUACUUACUUCACCCAAAUGAUUUCAUUCCAUUUCAUGCAGUUUCUCAUCUGGAUCAGAGUUUAAAGAUUACUAUGGGCUUUUUAGCAUUUCUUGCAGUUUUGAAAACUCUCAGAUACUCUCAACUCCUUUAUGAUGUGCGCCUGGCACAAAGAUCGAUCUUGGCAGCCCUUCCUGGAAUCGCCUCAAUGACCCUCGUGGUGGUGGUGUACUACUUUGCAUUUAUGGCUUUUGGCUACCUUGUGUUUGGGCAGCAUGAAUGGAACUACAACAGCAUGAUUCACUCAGCUCAGACCAUAUUCUCUUACUGUGUCUCAGCUUUCAGAGAUACCACAUUUUCAUCCAACAGGUUGCUGGGUGGUCUCUUCCUUGCCUCUUUCACACUGGUGACAGUCUGUAUCUUGAUCAUUCUCUUCCAAGCUAUCAUUAUGUCUGCCUAUGGUGAUAUGAAACAACCCAUUUAUGAAGAACCGCCUGAUGAAGCACAAAUGGUUGCUUUUGUAUUGCAGAGGCUCAGAAGGAUAUUUUGCUUUCUGAUCUGUAAAAAGCCCAAAAAAAGUGAGACUGAUCAUUUUCACACUGCAGUUGGCACACAGCCUGGGAGAAGGUAUCAAAGACAUUUAGGACUCAAGAACAGAAAAAUAAAUGGAAAAAAAAUGGUUUACCUUGUCAUAUGA